AUGCAUCAUGGCUGUGAGACAGAGCUGGACAGAAGGAGCAGCAACCUGGGCGUGUCCAGGCAGCGCACUGGCCGCCACCGCCUGACUAGCUUUUUCGCAGAUUCCAGGCCUUUGGGGGUCUUGCUGUUGUGCUCCCAAACCCUCACCCUCCUGGCUGCAGCUGCACCCACACCUCAGAAUGCCGCAGCUAUCACUGGCUCUGCUGGGAUCUCACAGGACUCCACACCCCCAGUGUUCCCAGUAGCUAAGCAGUGUCCAGCAUUGGAGGUGACCUGGCCGGAAGUAGAAGUGCCACUAAAUGGGAUGUUGGCCUUGUCUUGUGUCGCCUGCAGCCACAUCCCCGCCUUCCAUGCCCUCUACUGGCUGGGCAAUGGCUCCUUCAUCGAGCACCUCCCAGGGCGGCUGUGGGAGGGCAGCACCAGCCGGUACCACAGGCCCACGGGCACCUGGCUGCAGAGGGCCCUGGUGCUGGAGGAGCUGACCACUGCCUUGCGCAACACCAACUUCACGUGUGUGUCCGUGGACACUGAGCAGGUCGCCUUGUACCACGUCAUCCCAGCCCAGCUCUGGAUAAUCCCGCCCUCAAGCCAAACCCCAGAACCACAGCUGCCUGUGACAGCAGGGUCGGGAUUCAGCUCAACAAUAGCUCGACCUUGACCAGAGCUGGGCACCGCCUCUGUGCAGGAUGGAGCAUCCUGGCUGUUGGCGCCUGUCUGCAAGCCGCUGCUCCGCCCCGGCUUCCCCCGCCCAAGAUCUUGGAGGAAUGCAAACAGCACUUCCACCACGAGGCGCCACUUUGAACCCUGGCCAUGCUCUGUAUUGACUCCUUUAUAUAUAAAGCAUCUUUUCAUUGGUUACUGUUUUACUCUACCAGCCUGUCAUGAGAGGUGGCCAUAGCUGCUCCCACCCCCAGCAGGGUCUACGUUGCGUCACUCACAGAAAGGAGACUGUGUGGGAAGAA